AUGACGGGCAUCAUCCGCUUUCCGCGCGGUGGGCGUCCAAGCAAAGUCACAAAACCGCCAGCAGCAGCGCCGCCGACGUCGACAACGAAUACGACGACGAGGCGCGCGGUCAGUGGCAGAAGCGGCGGCAACAGCAGCCACAGCGGCGCUGCUCCCUCGUUCACGGCGGCCGAUCGCCGGGAACUUGCUUUUGAGCAGGCGUUCGACAUGCAGCUGCAGGAGCGAGGACUAUUUGAGGACCGACAGCGACAGCAAAGACAACCGCAGGGCCAAGAACAGCAUGGGACAGCAGCACCCACAGAAACCGAAACAGCAGACCACCUCUCCCCAGUACAGGCCCAGUCAUUAAUACAAGACGGGCCAUUUUACAAUCCAGACCACGGCCAGGCGCAUACUACCGACGACGACACAGCCGACGGCGAUCACGAGGAGGAUCGAGAUCGAGAUCGAGAUCGAGACGACAACAGCGGCAAACCUGGCCGAGGAAGCGCCGAUAGCGACAUGCUUGACGUACACGGCGGCGGCGAGAACCGUGGUGCCAGUGGUGCCAGUGGUGGCCACAGUGGCGACAUCAACGAGGCAGAGAUGAGUGAGAUGGUCGGCGACGCUGUCAACAGCUACACAGGAGAGAACGGCGCUGGUAUGCCGCCGAGAACGAUCGAAGGGGCAGGGCAGCCGACGUCCAACGCGACAACAUCCAAUGGCAACAGCCAUGGCCACGGAAUCGACAUGGACCUGUCUGCGGCUGCAGCGGCGGCGGCGGCAGCGGCGGCAGUGGCGUCGGCCUCGCAUCUGGCGACGUCGGGACAGAACCACACAAUCGAUCACCAGCUCCAUGCCCGAACGGCCGACUACAGCUCGCCGACACAGGUGCCGGAUGCACAGAUGUCCGACGCCCAGCACCCACAGCACUCCCAGCACAGUCUGCCAUCUACGGCUGAGAAUACUGCGUUGGACACAGUGUCGGGACAAGAAGCGACUGAACCAGUAGAAGCACCAAAACACGACCCUGCCGCGCCUACGGCGUCAGCACCAGCGCCAGCACGAUCCAGCACCGCAGAUCUGGCACGCGACUCGGGUUACGACCAUCUUGUCGUCGAGAGCGCACUCGCAAAGCGCCUGUCGCGCGAGGUCGGCCUGCGUCCGGCCCAGCAGCGCCGCCCCGACCAGCAGCUGAACCUGGGCCGCCGCAGCAAUGUCGAGGCCCUCUUUGCGCACAUUUCCGGCGCGGAGGUUGCUGUGCCCUGCAAGAACUGCCACAAGGGCCACGGGCCCUGGACUGCGUGUGUCGUCGUCGAUGGGCAGAUGUGUGGCAGCUGUGCCAACUGCUGGUUCAACGCCUCGGGCGCGCGCUGUUCAUUUCAUGAAACGAAAGCGACACCGCUGCAGGGCCACCUCCAUGGCCACCCAUCGCGGCCAUCCGUCAGCGGCGGAGUUGCGCCGUCACCUUCCGCCAGUAUGCCGAGCGCAUUGGAUCCGCAACUGGCGGCGGCGGCCGGAGCCUACACGGUCGGCUCGCCAUUGGGAGGUGGCACCAACGUACACCACCCCUUUUCUGCACAGCAGCAGCACCAGCAACACCAGCAGCUCCAACAGCUCCAACCGCAUGCUGCCCCGGCCCAGCAGGCAGCCGCUGCCGCUGCCGCUGCGGCUGUGGCCGUCCAGCAGUUAAGCAACGGCGGCCAUUUUCCCGGCGUUGCGGCAGCAACGAACGGGACAAGUGGUGCCAGUCGUAGCGGUGACGGUUCCCUGCCCUCACCGUUGAAUCUGGACCUCGUCUCCGCGCUUCUCAGUAGCAGCCCGGGUGGCCACGAAAGAACGGCGGCAGCGGCAACGGCGACCGCAGACGCUGCUCCGCUCGUCAGCCUCGUCAUCAACCAGGCGCUGGCCGAGGUGCGCAAUGCCGACCAGCGGGGACGUGAUCUGAUGCUUGUGGAGAUUGCCGCAAAGCAGCUGGCGCUGGCCAUUGUCCGCUAUGGAGAAGGCGCCUCGGCGGCGACAACAGCAGGGGCGGCAGGCAGUGCCCCUUCUGAUGGCUCUGCUGCUUCUGUUGUUGUGCGUGAUGGUGCAUCGGCGGCAAAAGGCGACGCUGCGUCCAGUAGCAACAAAGAUGGCACAGGGCCUGACGUGGCCGAAUAG